AUGUCAUUUUAUGGCCUCUAUGGCUUCAAAAGAAGCCUCAAUGUAAUCAAUUCAUUUCUUAGACUUACAGAUACCGUUGACGGUAGCAUAAUUAUUGACGGUAUUAACAUUGCAAAUAUUGGCUCAAAGGGUUUGAGAACACAGCUAACAAUUAUAUCGAAAGAUCCAGUUCUUUUUGAGGGAACAAUUCGUUCAAAUCUUGACAUUGGUGAAGUUUAUAAUGAUGAUUAUGAAUUGUGGGAUGUUUUAAAAAGGGUACAUCUGUCUCAAAUUGAAAGUGAUUCAACAAGCAAUCCACUUUUGAAUAUUGGUCCUAUUACAAGUUUAGAAGAUCCUGUGAUUGAUGGAGGCAGCACGUUUUCUAAAGGACAGCGACAACUUAUUUGUUUUGCUAGAGCAUUACUUCGUAGAUCAAAGAUAAUAAUAUUGGAUGAAGCAACUGCAAACGUUGACCCCGAUACAGAUGAUAAAAUUCAAAAAAUUAUUCAAAAUGAAUUUAAAUAUAAUACAGUGUUAUGUGUAUCAAACCAAUAUAAAAACAUAAUAAAUUUUGACAAAAUUUUUGUCCUUGACGAAGGUAGAGUGGUCGAAUUUGAUACACCAGAUCAACUUUUGAAUAAUCCAAACAACAACCCAUAUAUGAUUCAAGCAUUAAAAGUAUCACCAGCACCUAUAGAAUCAACAAUAUUGAGUAUUCUAUGA